AUGUGGACGGGCAAGGCCGCGCAUAACACCAAUGUGACAGAUCUGCAUCCUCCAUGGGGAGGAUACCCGAAGUUUGUGAGUCAGGGCUUCAACAACGCGUACCUGCCCGUAUGGCUACAAGAUGCUGGUUACAAUACAUAUUACGUUGGCAAACUGUUCAACGCCCAGAGCACGUCCAACUACGACAAGCCUCACGCGGCGGGGUGGACGGGCUCAGACUUUCUGCUCGACCCGUACACGUACGAGUACUACAAUGCGACCUUUCAGCGAGAUCACAACCCUCCAAUCGGUUAUCCGAGCCAGUAUUCGACAGAUCUGGUGGCGGAGAAAGCGCUUGGGUAUCUAGACGAGGCACUGAGAGAGGACGAUCCGUUCUUCCUCACGAUUGCACCAACAGCACCCCACAGCAACGUACACAUCACAGACGACUCAGUAGAACAGUCGAUGCCUCGGCCAGCCAGCCGUCACGAGCAUCUCUUCAAGGACGCCAAAGUUCAGCGGAGAGCCAACUUCAACCCCGACAGACCCAGUGGUGCUUCAUGGCUUUUAGACUUGCCUGUGCAGAAUCAAACCAACGUGGAUUACAACGACGAAUGGUAUCGCAACCGACUCCGGACACUGCAAGCUGUCGACGAGAUGAUUGACCGACUGGUAAGCCGAUUGCACCAAGCCGGCGCCCUGGAAAACACGUACAUCUUCUUCUCCACCGACAAUGGUUACAGCAUCGGACAUCAUAGGAGGCAGCCUGGGAAGCAGUGCGCCUUCGAAGAAGACAUCAACAUCCCUUUUCUCGUUCGAGGCCCUGGCGUCCCCCAGGGUCAUCGCACAACGAUCGUGACAUCGCACGUCGACCUUGCACCCACUUUCCUGAGUCUCGCAGGUGUCUCGGAUGUGGAAAUGGCAAAGUAUGAACUCGACGGCACCGCGAUUCCAUUGCAGCUGGAAGAUUUGGCACUUGCUGAAGAAUCCUGGCCACAGGAACAUGUGAACGUCGAGAUGUGGGGCAUCAUCCAAUCCGAAGGGAAACACGGGUUCGUCCUCUAUCCGAACCAUACGUACAAAGCUCUCCGAAUCAGCGGGGAUGGUUACGAUCUGUUGUAUACGGUGUGGUGUAGCAAUGAACACGAGCUAUACGACAUGACCCAUGACCCGUGGCAGAUGGACAACGUCUAUGGCGAAGGAACAAGAACGUAUACCAUCGGUAUGCCCAGCGAGAGGCUCAGAGAUGAGAUAUCCUCCUCGCUCAGCGCGGUAGGUAUCUUUUCGCACGGCAAUAUCACCACGACGAUCUCGCAUCUCAUCUCCCGUCUCGACGCGCUCCUGUUGGUGCUUAAGACCUGCAGAAUGGACGAAUGCCGGACGCCUUGGUCAUCACUUCAUCCCACAGGACAGGUGCGGAACCUGCGCGACGCUCUUGACGUGCGGUUCGAUGAGUUUUAUCACAUGCAUCCGAAAGUGCGGUACGAGCAAUGCGAGAGGGGAUAUAUCCCGGAAAGUGAAGGUCCCAUGUGGGAUAGCGGCAUGUCCUUCCGGGCCAUGGAGCAUGAAGUUUGGACGGGUGCCUGA